AUGGAGAAUAACACCACAAAUACUACUCCAGCUACAACUACAACCACAACUAGCAAACCAUCAAACUCAACAGUUUCAACAACUGUACUUUUACUUAUGAGGGUGUUAACUUCUCUGUUCCUUCUCAUUGCUCUCAUACUCAUUGUCAUAACAAAGGAAACUCUAGAUGAUGAUGAUGAUAUUUAUGACCAUCGCGACCAACCUAAAAUUAAAAUUAAGUUCCAAGAUAUCCAUGCUUAUCGAUACAUGAUCUCCACAAUAGUAAUUGGGUUUGUUUACACUCUUCUGCAAAUGGCACUUUCGAUUUUUACCGUGGCAACAGGAAAUCGUGUAUUAAAUGGUGACGGAGGCUAUAAGUUUGAUUUUUAUGGUGAUAAGAUAAUAUCAUACUUUUUACUUUCCGGUUCAGCUGCUGGAUUUGGUGCUUCAGAAGAUCUUCAAAGACUCUCUGAUGAAAUAUUUGAUCUUCCCUUAAUCUCAUUUUUUGGAAAGGCUAAUGCCUCAGCUAGUCUUCUUCUAUUUGGAUUCAUAGCCACUGCCGUAGCAUCAGUUUUCACUUCAUUUGCUUUGCCAAAGAAAGCUAAAUAA